CCACUCCACGACCACUGCCACACAGACUCUGACUUCAUCACACCAGCGGCUGAUAUAUUUUUGGCUUCAUUUUUGAACAACAGGAAGAAGUGGAGAUGUGUCGUCCAUCUUUAUUUACAGUCUACGUUUUUUCCGGUUUCAGACUUAAGAUACAAAAUUAGUAACAUUACUCGAAAUUAUUGGUCAGAAUAUUAUAUCCCACCACAUCAUGAUACAGAACAUUGACUUUCAGCUGUGGGGUCAUCAAAGGUCAUCCAAAUGUAAUUUGUUAGUGAAGUGGACAAAUACACAAUAGAUACAAAAUGGCUGAAAAGCAAGAAAAGGUGAUGAUUAUUAGCGAGUGCUGAGUUACUCGUUACUUCAAACGUUUCCACAGCGACGAGUCAAACAGACUUCAGGCCCGUGUGUCAGCGGUGUUCAAUAACGUGCAGGUUCACGAUCACGUCCAACACGUCGUGAUACAGACAAAUGAAUCACUCCAGAUGGCCGACAUUUGGAUUCAGCCUCCCCCUCUACUUCCUGUCAGCUGAUUCUCUGUGUCACCUGGACAGGUGGAAUCUGUUGUCGGGGUUCAGUCAGUUGGUCAAUAACGUUGCCGCCAAUGUGUCCGAAGUUCUGCAGGUUAAAAGUCCAACUGACGACGAGUCGCAGACGAAGUUACAUCAGCAGUUUGAGAUGUAUAAGGACCAGGUGAAGAAGCUGGGGGAGGAGCCUCAGGCCGCUCAGACAGCGAGGGCGGAGUCUCUGACCUGUGGCAUCUGUCGCAUAACGAAGUUCGCUGAUGGCUGCGGCCGAGCGUGCUGCUACUGUCAGAGCCGCUUCUGUGCCCGCUGCGGGGGGCGGGUUCCUCUCAGAGCCAAUAAGGUGAUGUGGGUUUGUAACGUGUGCAGGAGGAAGCAGGAGAUUCUCACUCAGUCGGGCGAGUUUCAUUCCAACACAACGUUGCUGUCUGUCAACCACACGUCACAGGGGUUGCCGGAGGGAACAAGGCCCUUGAGCAACGGAGACACAGAGCGGCGGCGGAGCCCCUCAGGGUCUAAUUACGAUGGUGGGGGCGACCUCGGUCUGGACUACUCCACUCACUUGUCACAGGGUUACCAUGGCAACGGGGAGGCGGCUCUACGGGCUCAGAGGCGACCAAUCAGAGACAGACGAGGCCGCUGGCACUCACAGGACCAUCCUCUGGACAAGGACCUGGACGCUCGUGAGCUGCGGCGGCGGCAGGAAGAAGAGUUUCAGGCCCGUUACCGUAGUGACCCAAACCUGGCUCGUUAUCCGGUGAAGCCGCAGCCAAGUGAGGAGGCCAUGAGAAUGUUAGCUCAAGUCGGCAGGGUCCGUCAUCAGCGUCGCCACAGUGACGUCUCCCUGGCAACUGCUGAGCCUGACCACCUGACCCUGAGACACACAGUUCACCGUCACAAUCGACCUCAGGGAUUGUUCGGAUCUGAAGGUCAGAGGUCAUUCUCUGUGGACCGGGCAUCUAAUCACAUGAGCCCCACGUCUCCCCGCCGCAGCCCAUUACCGCAGCAACACCUGGACCCGAGCUCCGCCCAUAAGAGGAAGCCAGCCAAUGAGAGCAUGGUGCAGAGAGGGCGGGGGAUGGGGAAGAUGCACGUGAUUGGUAGCUUCAGCAGCUCUGAGGAGGAGCUAGUGACCACUCCAGAGUACACCAGCUGUGACGAGCCUGACAGAGACAUGGACAGCCAAUGGUGGGAUCAUGGUUCCUGGCAUGGCGAGCCUGUGCCCAUGUCUAUGCAUCCGGUCACAUGGCAAACGUCCAAGGAUGGAGAGCGUCUGAUUGGUCGAAUUCUUCUGAACAAGAGGAUGAAGGACGGGACAGUUCCUGCGGAUACGGGAGCGCUGCUGGGACUCAAGGUUGUUGGUGGGAAGAUGACGGAGUCUGGUCGUCUCUGUGCGUUCAUCACCAAGGUGAAGAGAGGAAGUCUGGCUGACACUGUGGGACACCUGAGACCAGGUGAUCAGGUUCUGGAGUGGAACGGCAGGGUUCUUCAGGGAGCCACGUUUAAUGAAGUUUAUAACAUCAUCCUGGAGUCUAAACCAGAACCACAGGUGGAGCUGGUGGUGUCCCGACCCAUCGGAGACGUUUCCAGGGCUUCAGAUGGGUCCCACAUCCAGCUGGACUCCAGUUCCAGUUCCUUCGACUCACAGAAAGUCGGCCCGUCCAUCUCAGUCACAUCUCCCAUGAGCCCCAGUGUUCUCUCUGGACAAGUCUCGACUGUGAACAGGCGUCCUCUGGUUCCCAGAAUUCAGGUGAAGCUCUGGUACGAUAAAGUCGGUCAUCAGCUAAUCGUCACAGUUCUUGGAGCCAAAGAACUUCCCUCCCAAGAUGACGGCCGACCCAGGAACCCUUACGUCAAGAUAUACUUCCUGCCUGACAGAAGUGAUAAAAGUAAGCGGAGGACGAAGACGGUAAAGAAGUCGUUGGAACCUCGGUGGAAUCAGACUUUCAUGUACUCUCCGGUCCACCGGCGGGAGUUCAGAGAACGAAUGCUGGAGCUGACAGUCUGGGAUCAGGCCCGGCUCAGAGAGGAGGAGAGUCAGUUCCUGGGAGAGGUGCUGAUUGAACUGGAGUCUGCUCUGUUGGACGAUCAGCCUCACUGGUACAAGCUACAGCUUCACGAUGGUUCCUCUCUGCCACUGCCCAGUGCCUCCCCCUACCUGCAGAGGAGAGGACUGCAGCCUGAACACAGUCAGACCAGCAGGAGGCUGCAGAAUAAAGGUCCUUACUGUUACUCAGGGUCUCAGAGGAUCAGUGACAGUGAGUUCUCAGAUUACGACUGUGAAGACGGCAUCGGGGUGAUAUCAGACUACAGACAGAAUGGGCGUGACUUCCAUAGUUCCACCCUCUCAGUGCCAGAGCAAGUGAUGUCGACCAAUCACUGCUCCCGAUCCGAUUUGGUCAGGAUGAGGUCACGGUCACCGAGCCAACCGCCUCCUCACAGUGGCAACCCUCUGUACCCGUUGUAUCGAGAAGACGCCGUGCGACUAUUGCGAGGUUCAAAGCUGAGCAGAGCGUAUUCUGACGCCGGCCAGUACAGCAGUCUGGACAGGAGAUCACUGAGGAAAAUGUCUGUUACCAACUCGCUCGAUUCUCAUGACAGAUAUAUGAACGGUCCGUACCACGCUCCCUGGACAAACCCCAUGAUGAAUGGGAACUGUGAGGACUACAGUCAGGACUUCAUCCCAGACUUCCCCUACGAACCCGACACCUACGACGAGGAACUGCACAGGUACAGCCGGGGUAUGGACCGGCGGUAUUACUACAGUCGCUCUCGGUCAGCUGACCAGCGUGCGAUGGCGGACCAACCGCUUUACACACGCUCACACUCCACAGACCGAUCUGACUUCGUCCACCUGAGGUCUGGACGCUCCGCCCCCCCCUCACCUGCCUGCACCAGAGCCAAUCCUCAAAGUGGAUCGACCCAGACGAGUCCGUCGGGAACACCAGUCUGUGGCCGCCGAGUUCGCCAGCUGCCCAUUGUCCCACCCAAAGGAGCUCUGGACAGAAAUGGAGAACUCCCUGACACUGUGCAGACAGUUUUGGCCACGUCUACCACAGGAGCACCACCUGCAGCCCCUCCCACUGCCCACAUACAAACCCCUCCUAUUGGCAUUCAACCACUACCUCCUCUUAUACGAAUCCAAGCCCCGCCUCCUCCUGGAACUGUACAGCCUCACCCACCCCCUUCACCUGCACCUAUACCUGUACCAGCACCAGCACAUGAACCUGUACAUGCAAAUGCACCAGCCCCUGCACCUGCACCUGCACCUGCACCUGCACCUGCACCUGCACCUGCACCUGCACCUGCACCUGCACCUGCACCUGCACCAGCCCAUGCACCUGCACCUGCACCUGCACCUGCACCAGCACCUGCACCAGCACCAGCACCUGCACAUGCACAUGCACAUGCACCUGCACAUGCACCUGCACCUGCACCAUCUGUGGGAGCCCCAUCCCCGGCUCCUACAAUUUUACCUACUUCUACACCAGCACCUCCAGCUUCCCCAGCCCAACCAACACACACAACAGCCACCCAAGCCCCACCCCCUGUGCUUGCACCUAUGCCAGCCCCACUCCCAGCUCCUGUAGUCCAAUCACAGUCACCUCUUGAACCAGCCCUGCCCCCUGCACCUACUCCAACACCUGCCCCCUCCCCAGCCCCGCCCCCACAGACUCCAGAGCCUGAAAUAUGCUCAGCAACAUCUGGAGGGACCAGAAAAGAGGUCACAUGGGAGGACCAGCAAAAGAAAGCUGCCAAUGGUGUGAUGACGGAUCCAUCCAAGAUGAGGGACAGCUUGUCCUUUAAAUCGUCAGACAGUGACGUCAGCGACGUGUCGGCCAUGUCCAACGCCUCCGACACGCGAUCUGUACGCAGAAUUAGCCGGUCGGAGGCCCUAGAAGGUCAAUCAGUGGAGUUGGGGGCGGGAACAGAGGGAAAACAGGAAGUAGCGGCAGAGGGCGGAGCCUUACUGCAGAAGAGCGAAUCGAUGGAAGAGGCCGAGGAGGAGGAGGAGGAGGAGGAGGCCAAGCCUUCAAAGCCGGCACCGGCGGCCGGAGCUCCUCUCAUGAAGUCCUCAAGUGUCGGGGGGGAAAUCUGUUCGUUGGGCAGGAAUGACGACGACGACGAUGACAAGAAGCGACGCUCGAGUUUCGGAGCGAGGAUGAUGGGGAUGGUCGGACUGGGAAAGAAGAGUCAGAGCGCCUCGCAGCUCAACCCAGAGGAGGAGGAGAAGAAGAAGAAGGUGGUGAGACUUCCUGUCCAGAGGAGCAUAGAAACCGGUUUGGCUGUUGAGUUCAAAUCUCGUUUCACCAGACAACCGAGUCGUGACCCGGACGCCGACGACCCCAAACCUGGAGCGCUGAUAUUUCCGGGUGUGAAGUUGGCAACGGACCAACAGUUCACUGGGUUCCUGGAAGGAUUAGGCCCCGCCCAGCUGGCUGGACGGCAGACUCUGGCCACGCCCCCCAUGGGUGACAUCCAGAUUGGGAUGGUGUUCAGAAAGGAGCGUCUGGACGUGGAGGUGAUUCGAGCCCGGGGGCUUGUGGGUAAACAAGGCAACAAGAACACUCCAGCUCCGUAUGUGAAGGUGUACCUGAUGGAUAACGGGAAGUGUGUUCUGAAGAGGAGAACUCGUCUGGCAAGAAAAACACUGGAUCCACUUUAUCAACAACAGCUGCAGUUUGAGGAGAAUCCAGAGGGAAAAGUCCUGCAGAUCAUCGUGUGGGGAGACUACGGCAGGAUGGACCAUAAAUCCUUCAUGGGUGCUGCUCAGAUCCUAUUGGACGAUCUAGACCUGUCCAACAUGGUGAUUGGCUGGUUUAAACUGUUUCCUGCCACCUCAUUGGUGGACCCUGCCUUGGCACCUCUGACCAAUAAGGAGACCGAGGGCAAGUCGUAGUGUCAAGAAGCAGGACUAACGAUACCAUCACAGUAACGGUCCAGAGGGGGAGGAGGGGACAUGCUGUGUCCGGGCGGGACCUUCGAAAAAGUCCCAUGAUUCUCCUCUGCUGUUGCAUGCUGCAUGAUGACAUCACAGUGAUGUGUAACAGCGUCAUGCAAUGUCACUGGGAGGAGAAGGGAGGCUCCACCCCCUGAUGGUGACACAAAACGACCCAUACACAGGACAAGGCCUCGUACUAAAGGAUGCUGGGAAAGGACAAGAGAGGCCAUGUGAUCUCCAGUUGCCAGCCAAUCACAGCAGCUCCUCAGGAGUCAUGUGACUGUUACGAGGCAUGUCCAGAACCCAUAGACUCAGUCCGUCACCUGAUAGUUUCCAUGGCGAUGCAGGAAUACGGAGUUCUGGUUCUUUUUGUUUUUGCAUGGAACGAUGAGUAGAACAUAAAAACAUCCACUGUGAAAAACUUUAAAGAAAAUGAGAACAUCGCCUGCAAAGUAAAAAUAAAAAGAUUCUCAAAGA